AAUGACCUGGAGGAGAUUUCAGUUCCUGUAAAUCGGAGAAUAAAACCCUCAGCACUACAAAUCAAACACACACACACACACACACACACCAGAGGAUUAUUAACACGGCAUUAAUCUGAACACUUAUAACGGAGUAAAAGCCUAACCAGAGCAAUGAUGCGGAUUUCAGUGUGUCACUUUCUCCUACUCUUCUUCAGCUCAGGGUCCGGUGCUGCUCUUCUGCAUCGAGCUCAGAAUCUGACCUGGACAUCAUUUAACUUUAAAACCAUCCUGACCUGGAGCUUUGACGCUGACCACAAACACACUGUAGAGUUCUCCCGGGUGGGGAGAGAUAGACAGAGGAAUCCUCACUGUAUCCGGGUCUCUCAUCCAGAGUGUGACCUCACAGAUAACCUCAGUGACCUUAAAGCCGCCUACACUGCAGAUGUUCUGACAGAGCUGAUGACCUUUGACCCCAUUGAGCUUCCGUCCACUCAGUCUAAACGAUUCUGUCCUUAUAACGACACUGUAAUCGGUGCUCCACAGUUCAGUGUAAAGUUAGAUAAGAACAAUACGAUCGUCCUGCACAUCGCUGACCAGCAGACGGCACUGUACAGAGACGGACGUCACCUCACACUCCGAGACGUCUUUAAACACGACCUCAAAUACAGCAUUGUGUACAACAGAGCAGGAAGUACAGGAAAGAAGCAGAUAGUGGUGUCUGACAGUGAGGUGGUGAUGAGCGAUGUGGAGCGAGGACCCAGUUACUGUUUCAGAAUUUCGGUGUUCAUCGUGUCUCGCAGAGCAAACAGGAAACUGGCUAAGUGGACGUUACCCAAGUGUUCACCUGCACUGACCUCUAACCUCAUCACAGAGAUUGACCCGGUGCUGCUCAGUGCUGGGCUCCUCGUCAUCGCGUCGCUGCUCGUCGUGGUCACUGUCACAGUGGUUUGCUGCUGCAGACGGAGAGGAAAUGAACAGCAGGUGAAGGAGGAAGAGGAGGAGGAGGAAGAGGACGGUCAUGUCAUUAAAGAGGUUUAGAGGACAUGUUAAUAAUCACGUUUUCAUGAGAGAGGAGGAAGCGGAGGGAGAGGAGGAGGAAGAGAAGGAGGAGGAAGAGAAAGAGGAGUAAGAGGAGGACAAAGAAGAAGAGGAAGAGAAGGAGAAGAGAGAGCUUAUCUUUAGUUUCUAAGAAACAGAAAUAGGAUCAGAUUCAUAAUUCAGUUUAAAUCUUUAGUAUAAUUUCAGACAAAUAUAAAACACACAGAUAUCUCUAUUACAGAUCAGAUCCAGAUUCUGAUUCUGACAUGGUAGCGAUGAUCAAAUACACACUCUGAGUUUUAUAUUUUUAUGUUUAUAUUUUUAUGUUUAUAUUUUUAUAUGUUUAUAUUUUUAUGUUUAUAUUUUUAUAUGUUUAUAUUUUUAUGUUUAUAUUUUUGUAUGUUAAACUCUAAUGUACAUUACAUUGUUGUUAUGUUACUCGUUGAGUUAAGUAUUCAGGUGUGUAUUGAGGUGUUGAGGUGUGUGUUGAGGUGUGUAUUGAAGUGUCUGUUGAGGUGUGUAGGUGUGUGUGUAAGUAUUGAGGUGUGUUGAGGUGUGUAGGUGUGUGUGUAAGUAUUGAGGUGUUUAUUGAGGUGUGUGUUGAGGUGUGUGUUGUGUGUAUUGAGGUGUGUGUUGAGGUGUGUGCUGAGGUGUGUUGAGGUGUGUGUGUAAGUAUUGAGGUGUGUGUUGAGGUGUGUAGGUGUGUGUGUGUAAGUAUUGAGGUGUGUGUUGAGGUGUGUGUUGAGGUGUGUGUUGAGGUGUGUGUUGAGGUGUGUGCUGAGGUGUGUUGAGGUGUGUGUUGAGGUGUGUGUUGGUGUGUGUUGAGGUGUGUGUUGAGGCGUGUUGAGGUGUGUGUUGAGGUGUAUUGAGGUGUGUGUUGAGGUGUGUGUUGAGGUGUGUGUUGAGGUGUGUUGAGGUGUGUGUUGAGGUGUAUUGAGGUGUGUGUUGAGGUGUGUUGAGGUGUGUGUUGAGGUGUGUAGGUGUGUGUGUGUAAGUAUUGAGGUGUUUAUUGAGGUGUGUGUUGAGGUGUGUGUUGAGGUGUGUAUUGAGGUGUGUGUUGAGGUGUGUAUGUGUGUGUGUAAGUAUUGAGGUGUGUGUUGAGGUGUGUAGGUGUGUGUGUGUAAGUAUUGAGGUGUUUAUUGAGGUGUGUGUUGAGGUGUGUGUUGAGGUGUGUGUUGAGGUGUGUGUUGUGUGUAUUGAGGUGUGUGUUGAGGUGUGUGCUGAGGUGUGUUGAGGUGUGUGUUUAGGUGUGUGUUGAGGCGUGUUGAGGUGUGUGUUGGUGUGUGUUGAGGUGUGUGUUUAGGUGUGUUGAGGCGUGUUGAGGUGUGUGUUGAGGUGUGUGUUGAGGUGUAUUGAGGUGUGUGUUGAGGUGUGUGUUGUGGUGUGUGUUGAGGUGUAUUGAGGUGUGUGUUGAGGUGUGUUGAGGUGUAUUGAGGUGUGUGUUGAGGUGUAUUG